CAAUUCUAACAAUCUAAUUACCAACGAUGAUUGUGUUUAAAUGUGGUGCAAGUUUUAUAUUGGGUGGAUGAGGAAGAUCAAAGUAACAACCUACUUUUCAUCAUCAUCUUCAUGUUAACAUCAAAAUCUUCAGAUUGACAGAGUUGAUUUUUCUUGUAAAUUGGAAGCGAGUGGCUGAUUGAAUUUUGUGUCUUCUAAUUGUGAUUUCUUGUGAAUUGAUUGUUUAUUAUUUCUAAUUGUUGUGUUGAUCAAUUAUGGCAACAGUUGAAGAACCUUGGCCACCACUUAAAAAUGACAGAAUUCUUAAAACAAUCAAAGGUGAACCAACUGAUUUCUCUCCGGUUUGGGUGAUGAGACAAGCCGGAAGGUAUUUGCCAGAAUUCAGGGAAAUCCGUCAACAUCAUGCUUUCUUUGAUCUUUGCAAGACACCUGAAUUAGCCACCGAAGUGACCCUGAUGCCGAUUCGUAAAUUUCAACUUGAUGCUGCCAUUAUUUUCUCGGACAUUUUGGUUAUCCCUCAGGCCUUGGGUAUGGAGGUUACAAUGGUUCCCGAUGUUGGUCCAGUGUUUCCAGAACCUCUUCAAACACCGGCUGAUGUUAAGAAAUUAAAUGAAUCGGUUGAUAUUUCUACUGAAUUGAAGUACGUUCAUGAUGCUGUUCGUCUUACAAGACACAAAUUAGAGGGUAAGGUUCCGUUAAUUGGUUUCGCUGGAGCCCCUUGGACCCUGAUGGGCUAUAUGAUUGAAGGUAAAGGAUCAAAAACCUUUUCAAAGGCUAAAAAAUGGCUUUACCAGCAUCCAUAUGAAUCGGUUCAAUUAUUGGAACUAAUCACCAACAAGAUAAUUGACCAUUUAUACCUUCAAGCAAAAUCAGGCGCUCAAUUGUUGCAGGUCUUUGAAUCGCAUCUCGGCUAUUUAACACCUAAAUUGUUCAAUGCUUUUGAAUAUCCUUUCCUAAAGAAAAUAGCGGAAACAGUUAAAAGUAAACUGAAAGCUGAUGGACUUGAACCUGUUCCCAUGAUUAUCUUUGGACUUCAUGGUCACUUUGCCAUUGAAACUUUAGGCUCAGAUCCUAAUCUAUAUGAUGUUGUCGGAAUCGAUUGGACAGUUGACCCGGUCAAGGCUCGUUCAUUGGUUCACAAAGAUGUCACAUUGAUGGGGAAUCUUGAUCCAUGUGCCUUAUAUGGUGAAGUCGAUGACAUUGAUAGUUAUGUUCAAGAAAUGGUCGAAGCAUUUGGAACCAAACGUUAUAUCGCCAAUUUAGGCCAUGGGAUUUACCCUGAUGUUAAUCCCCAAUGUCUGAAUACAUUUGUCAACGCGGUUCACAAACAUUCCGCUAUAAUUAACCGAAAACAGUCCCAACAAUAACAAAUGAAGAUGCGACUUAACAAUCACAAUUUAACAACGAUUGUGAUUCAUAACGAUUGCCAAUAACAAUAAAUAAUGGAUUGCAUUUACUACUAAA